AUGGCUACCGCGCAAUCCUUUGUCACCAGCUAUGCUCCGCGGAUUCGUCAAUACGCCAACACCCUACUCCAACCAGUCGUCCAAACGCAGAAUGUCGCCCCGAGCAGUCGCACCACCAAAAGAGGAACCACGAUAAUCAACUACGCGGACGAUGCUUACGAUGAAGAUGACUUUGACGACAGUGAAGGGGUCAGACGACCGACCGGUUUGCGAUCGCUGCGGAGAGAGGAAUUAGAGAAGAAGGACCCGCAAAACGAAAAGGUGGGCAAGGAGAUACAUGCGCCGGUGGAUUUGCAACCGAUAUACAGAGACUGGAUCAUCAGGCGGACGGCACGCCCUACCACCGACGCGCAAACCUAUGUGCAAGCCCAACUUCCUCUUACCCUUAUUCCCAUACGAAUAGAUGUCGAUGUUCCUCCGCAUCAGCCCGAGGCGCCGUUCCCGCUGCCGCGAAAUGGAGUGGAUCUGGGUGUCAAUGCUUCUCUGCCGAUGUUCAAGAGACCGGAAAUGGUGCCGGGUUACAAGAUCCGUGACAUCUUUCUCUGGAAUCUCCACGAAGAACUGCUCACUCCCGACGACUUUGCGCUCAACUUUGUCCGAGAACUCGAUUUACCCAACCAGGUGGCGCUGGCCAUGAACAUCAGCCAGCAGAUUCGAACGCAGUUGGAAGACUAUGCCGGUGUGGCCAUGCAUCCACUGUUCCAUACACAACCGAAACGCGCGCAGAUGGCCGACACAAACAAUGCCCCGACGCCUUCGGGGUUGGCGAAUGGAAGCUCUCGCGAUGGGACGCCCCGGCCUCUACUUGGAGCAUCGAUAUCUCGACGCGGCUCAACUACUCCUGGGACACCGGCACCGUCUACUCCUCGGCCAAUAACUUUGAGCAAUGGCGCAGCUGUUACGGCGACUGCUUCUCCCUUACCACCGCCGGACCGGCAAGUGCCCGAGUCUGCCGACGACUCGGCGGAAGAUCCAUAUCUCAACCCGGACGACACCUAUCGUUGCAUCAUCACAUUAUCCAUCUACCUCUCAUCCAAACUGUACCAAGACAAGUUCGAAUGGUCGUUAUUACAUCCACCUGGAGCCGCGGAAGCGUUUGCCAAGCAAACGUGUGCAGACAUGGGGUUGGGUGGGGAGUGGGUGAUGGCCAUUACGCACGCGAUUUAUGAAGCUGUCUUGAGGUUGAAGAAGGAAGCUUGUGAGGGCGGCAUGUUGAUGAUGGGAGGUAGCGCCUGGGGCGGUGGUGACUUGGACAACCAGGCCGUUCGUCCGGAGGAAGGGGCGGGCUGGCGGUACGACAUUGACGAUUUUGGAGCUGAGUGGGAACCGAAGUUCGAGGCCCUGAGUAAAGAGGAGAUUGAAAAGAGAGAGGGCGAUCGAGAACGACAGCUGAGACGGCUGCGUCGCGAGACGGCCAAGUUCAGUUCCACGGCAGGAAUGGUACCCAGUGCCCGUGAGCAGGAGGCCCAGCAGCGCGGCAGCUACUUCGAUUACAUUUCGGUUAGCAUGAAUGGCGAAGAGACGCCGUCAAUGGGACGUGGUGAACGAAACAGAAGAAAACGGCGGUUCCGGUCCAUCAGUCCAGACUCCAAGGCUCAGACUCCCGAAGGAGGUGGCAGUUCGGCCGGGUCCGGUUGGGGAGGCGAAGGGAAUCGACUACAAGAGUAUGAGAGGCAGAACUGGAGAUGUCGACAUUGUCUGAUCCCAGGCAAUGCGGUAUGGGCGGUUCGAGACGGGCCGCUUGGACCUAGGACUCUAUGCAACAAUUGCGGCCUGAUCUAUGAGCGGGACAAGAAACUCCCCGCCUGGGCGGCGGGUCUGCACCGAGGCACUGUUCCACUCGGAAGAUGA